AUGCCUUCCGGUUACCUGGCGGGCCUGAGAGGCCGCUCUCCCGCCUCCGCCCUGGACGCUCCUACACUGCAGACUCCCCCGAGACGGGGGCCCCGGACCCCAGGGCUCAGAAGGACUCAACCAGGACUUUCCAAAAGUUGCCGCGGGGCCUUCCAAUCCCCUCGGCCAUCUCCCAAGUCUGGCCAGGCUGAUGGAGCCAGCGAGGAUUCUCUGCACCUUGACAUUCAGAAACUGAAGGAGAAGAGGGACCUGCUGGACACGGAGAUCUCCCAACUAAUAUCUGAAGGCUACAGUGUGGAUGAACUGGAGGACCACAUCUCCCAGCUCCACGAGUAUAACGACAUCAAGGAUGUAGGCCAGAUGCUGCUAGGCAAGCUAGCCGUGAUCCGAGGUGUCACCACCAAAGAGUUGUAUGCAGAAUUUGGCUUGGACAUGAAUGACUGAGCAAAGGCUAACAUCCCCUUGCCCAUGGCCCACUGGGACAGGCAGAUUUGGACACGAGAGGCAGCGAGAGCCCAGCCAGAACAGAACACCCACAGGCUUCCCAGCAAGAAAGGGUCAGGAGCCCUUUUCUAGAGAGCUCAAGCUGAGUGAGGAGGGAGCCCAGAGAAGGGGCAGACAGAGAAGAAGGGCUGUUCCCUGCUCCAAGUUUCCUGAAAUAUCCAGUGAUAUCUAUAUGUGUGUGUGUGUGUCUCCUAUUUGUAAAUAAACAUACAAGCAAUCUUGGUAUAAAUCUGUA